UCGGUCCUGGGCAGCCGGGAGCACAACAUCGGCCGGAGACAAGACCCCUGUGUUUAUCCCAGCAGGGCAAGAGUGAGGCUAGGGGCCACCCAUAUGGCUGAGCAUCCCUCCCCAGGGGUGGCCCUGGCAGCCCAGGUGAUGGCUGUGGACAACACUGAAGCCCCUCUACCCCGGGCCACCCACCGUGGCUCCCAGCCUGCAGUCCGGGGUGCUGAGGAAGGCAAACUGCCACUCCUGGCCUCCCGCCGCAGCUCCAUCCUCAGCACCCACCCAGCACCCCUGGCCAGCCGCCGCAGCUCACUUGGGGCCAGGCGCCCUUCCCUUGGCCCCUGGAUGCUCCACAGCCGUGUGAGCUUCUCUGGGCUCCCCCUCUUCCAGCCGAUCCUCAAGACCCGCCUUGAAAACACUUACAGGAUGCAGCCGGAUGAAGGCUGCAAAUUUGAUGCGGAGCAGGUGCAGCGGGUGCUGGAGGGGGCCCUGGCUGGUGCCCUCAGGACCACAGUCUACAGCCCCCAGGGCAGCGCCCCGCUGGCCCAGAGCCUGGCCGAGCUGCUGCGGAGCCGGGCAAAGGAGGUGGUGCCGCCACGCUACAAGCUGGUCUGCCUCGUGCUGCUGAGCCAGCGGGGCCAGCAGAGCCUGCUGGUGGCCAGCCGGGCACUGUGGGACCCUGAGAGCGACAGCUUCGCCUCUGCCACCUUCUCCAAUGCCUCCCUCUUUGCUGUAGCCACAGUGCAUGGGGUCUACUUUGAGUAGCACCUGCCUCUCCCUCCACCCAGCCUUGUAGGGCUGCAGGGGGAGAGCAGCUAAAAU